AUGUUUCAAUAUACACCUUAAGAAGACGCCUACUACAGACAACUCUGGGCUCCCUUUGAUCCAUAAGGUCUAGGCUUUGCAGAGGCUAAGAGUACUGUUCAAUUUUUCAAAAAAAGUCGACUUCCAGUUGACGCACUCAAAGGAGUAUGGUUGGCAGCUGUAAAGAAUUAAGAAGGCAAACUUUAUUAUUCAGAAUUUGCCACUGUUAUGAGACUAAUUGCAUAUUGUUAAAAUGGAUUUGAAUUUAAUGAGCAAUUAUUGAACUAAAAUAGGCCAGUUCCUCUUCCAGUGAUGGAUGGAAUCUAGGUACCACAAUAGUAGUAAUAAUAAUAACCCUAAUAAUAAUAAUAACCAAUCCUAUAACCUUAAUAGCAGUAGUUCAACAACUUUUAAUAAGCUUAAAAUUAGUUACCCUAAUCAAAUUAUUACUAAACAGUACCAGUCCCAAACCAUAAUCAAAUCUCACUCUAAACUUAUGUUGAACCCAUAAUAGAUUAUUCAAAAUACGAUUUACCUGAUGAUUAAUAUAAUAGAUAUGAACUCUGCUUCACACAAUAAGAUAAAGCACACUAAGGAUUUAUAUAAGGGGACUAGGCUUUAGCAUUUUUUUAGAAGUCACAACUCCCAGCUUUAACUUUGACCCAACUUUAGAAUUUAGUUGAUAUUGGACACAAAGGUUUUUAUUUUAAGAAUGAGUUUAUUGUUGCUGUUCAUUUGAUAGCUCUUUGUCGAAAAGACAUCCCAUUACCUUAAUAAUUGCCUGAGUCUUUGCUUCAAUUAACAAGAAGAGACCAAUAGUAAAAUUAGGUUCGAUCAACUUCUCAAACCAUGCCACAAUUACCUUCAGGUUUACCACCAUAACCACAAAGAGCAGGAUCUUAGAAUGAAUUCCAAGGUUCCAAUCUCCAAGCGAGUUAUUCACAGAAUAAGCUUUAAAAUUAAGCCUAAUAGAUUUAAUUAGCAAAUAACGUAGAUUAAUAAAAAUAAAUAAUCGAUGACAAGAAGAAGGAUGUUGAAUUUCUCAAUCAAACCAUCUAAAAACUUCAAAGCUUUUAUGAUUUCCUUAAGAAAGAGUAAGAUGAAUUGUAGGCUUAAAUAACAUCAUUAAACGAUUAAUAAGCUUAGAAACAACACCAAAUGGAUAUUUUACAGGAUAGUAUUUUAAAUCAAUUGCAGGUCAAUUAAAGCUUAUAGAAAAAAUUGUUUGAACUCAAAUAAUCCAAUAAUUAAUUUUAAGAAAAUCAGCCUCCUACUCAGACAACUUAGUUUUAAACUAUAAAUAUUGAAGACGAUUACGAUUACUCGAAUUAUAGAGCUAAGAAAGACAAGGUCGUUUCUGGAGGCAAUCAAAACACAGAAAAUCUUCCCUGGCAUUGA